AUGGCGGCCAUGCUUGAGUUCCGCACCCAAGGGUACAAUCCCUACGCAGUCAAGUACUCGCCCUACUACGAUUCGCGCAUAGCCGUCGCAACCUCAGCCAACUUUGGCAUCGUCGGAAACGGAAGGGUGUUCGCCCUGGGGCUCACGGCGCAAGGAGUCCAGGUGGAAAAGACAUUCGACACAAACGACGCAUUGUACGACCUGGCUUGGUCGGAGAUCAACGAGAACCAACUCAUAGUAGCGGGCGGCGACGGGUCGCUGAAGCUCUUCGACCUGGGCGUAAACGAGUUCCCCAUCAUGAACUUCCACGAACACAAGCGCGAGACAUUCUCCGUCUGCUGGAACCCCGUCACAAAGGACACGUUCAUUUCAAGUUCAUGGGACGGAACCGUCAAAAUCUGGUCGCCAACACGCCCGCAUUCGCUCAAGACGCUCCCCAUCGGAAACUGCACCUACAGCACGUCCUUCUGCCCGUCCAACCCGGCCCUGGUAUCAGCCGUCUCGUCGGACUCGCACCUCCGCGUCUUUGACCUGCGCACCCCGACCUCGGCCAAGUACCACCUCGUGUCCACGAUCCCCGUCCACGCGGCCGGCAGCCCGCCCGCAGAGGUCCUCACGCACGACUGGAACAAGUACAACGACACGGUCGUGGCCGCGGGCGGCGUGGACCGCAUCAUUCGCACCUUUGACAUUCGCAACCCCGCGGCCGGUCCGCUGGGCCUGAUGCUCGGGCACGAAUAUGCCAUUCGGCGAUUGGCGUGGAGUCCGCAUGCGAGCGACGUCCUUAUCAGUGGGAGUUACGACAUGACGGUGCGGCUGUGGAACGACGGGUCUGCUCAGCCUUCGGGCCCCUUGGCCGGGGCCAAGCCGGGUCACCAGCUGGGCGUCAUGAAUAGACAUACCGAGUUUGUAACAGGUGUCGACUGGUGUUUAUUCGGUGCGGGCGGCUGGGUCGCGUCGGUUGGUUGGGACGAGAGGGUGUUGCUGUGGGAUUCGAAUAUGUUGAUGGGCCCGGGUCCAAGAUGA